AUGCCGAUGCCAAAUGUCCGAAUGCUCGGCCUCCCGCGCGCCGGCUCCUACAUCAACCGGCUCCCGCUCUUUACGCGCGGGAUCCUGGCCGCAAUUGUCUUGUUCGAGGCGCUCUGUCUGCAGAGUUGGUGGGAUGUCCGGGCAUGGGGUGCCUUGGUGCCGGAGGAGAUCGGGUUCGCGACGCUAUAUCGGGCCAAUACCUACCCGUUCAUACACUUAAAUGUGUUGCAUCUGAUCCCCAAUCUCCUGGCGCUGACACCGAUGUUGGAACGGUUUGAGAACGAGUAUGGCACGCUUACGUCGCUGGCGCUGUUUUUGGGUCCGUUCUCUACUUUCCCAGCUUUCCUCUAUGUGGGAAUGGAAAAGUGGGUGUUUAGACUGAAUACGGCGGUUAUGGGUGCGAGCAUCUGGUUCUUCCUGCUAGCUGGGAUCGAGGCCAUCCGGACGUACAGGGUCAACCCGCGCUUGGUGAUUGCCGGGCAGAGCAUUCCCACCUGGACUACGCCCCUGGUGAUUCUGCUCGCCAUAGCGGUCUUGGUACCUAGGUCUAGUGCCUUCGGCCACCUUUGUGGCUUGGCGGUCGGGUAUAUCUGCGGGCUGGGAUACCUCAAGUAUCUUGCGCCACCGGAAUGGGCGCUGCGCUGGAUCGAGAAGCAACUCAACCUUCUGGGGCGGCUGCCACACUACGUGAGCGUCGAUCAGAAGACGUAUGGGAGGUUUGGCGUGCUUCCGUUGUCUAACUUAACACCAGCGCCGGUUGUUUCUGCGGGAUUAGUUGGGACCAGCGCACUGCGGCUUCGGCGCGAUCCGCGCGUCCUGAAGCUCCCGCCGUACCUGUCCCUGCUCUGCGUUCUGGUCGGCGUCGCCUGGCUCUUCCUGCUCCCGCUCAACGACUACUCGCGGAGAACCUACAUCUCGGAAAAUGCGCUCCUUCCCGGCCAGGUGCACACAUACUUUAGCGGCAGCGACCAGAAUGUGUUCCGCGCAUACAAGCACGAAGUAGAUGCACUGGUGGGCAAGACCAACACCGAGCGUAACGACAAGCUUGAAUCCAUUGUCAAAGGCUUUGGUCUCAAGACAGCCCGCCAGAACUUCACCUACCAGGCUGCAGGGCAUUCCUACUCGGGAGAGAACCUCUACGCCAUCCUCCAAGCACCGCGAGGCGACGCAACCGAAGCUGUCGUGCUGGUAGCGGCUUGGGAGAAUGCCAAGCACGAAAUCAACAGAAAGGGCAUUCCGCUUGCCCUAACGCUGUUGCGCUACUUCAAGCGGUGGUCGCUGUGGUCCAAGGACAUCAUCCUGCUGCUGACGCCGGACAGCAUUGCUGGCCCGCAGGCGUGGGUCGAUGCAUACCACGAUGCACACAACCCCUCCCGCGUCUCCAGCCUGCCCCUCAAGUCCGGUCUGCUGCAGGGCGCGAUCGCCAUCGAUUACGCGCAGGAGGGCCGUUUCGAAAGCGUGCACAUCGUGUACGACGGAGUCAACGGCCAGCUGCCGAACCUGGACCUGAUUAACUCGAUCGUGAAUAUUGCCGGCGGUCAGAUGGGCAUGGGUGUUGCCCUGCAGGAGAUGUGGCGCCAUGACGAUGGGUACAAGCACCGGCUGCGCACCAUGCUGCGCGGAAUGCUGAAGCAGGGGCUCGGCCUGCCGAGCGGACCGCAUAGCAGCUUCAUCCCGUACCACGUCGACGCCGUGACCCUGCAGCCGUUUGGUGAUGGCUGGCAGGACGAGAUGGCUAUCGGCCGCGUGAUUGAGGGCAGCUUCAGGAGUCUGAACAACCUGUUGGAGCAUCUACACCAGAGCUUCUUCUUCUACCUGCUCAUGCAGCGCGAGCGCUUCGUCAGUAUCGGUACAUACCUGCCGAGUGCCAUGCUGGUGGCCGCUAGCUUUACGAUCAUGGCUAUUUCCCUCUGGGUCAAGAGCGGCCAGGCAGAAGCUGAGAGGGCGACAGUAGAAGCCAAAACUGAAACAGCCCCCGCUCCCGCAGUCGAGCGCGACCUCUUCCUCCCGCUAGGCGUAGUCACUUUGAUCCAAUCCUUCUCCAUCGUCCCGCUUUACCUCUUCAAUCACGUCUCGGAGAGCAUGCUAACCCCUCUCUUCGCGACAUUCACACUCCUCAACGUCCUCCUGCCGGUUCUCCUCUCCCACCUGCUCACACAAGCUGCCGCCCCGACGCUACAGCAAUACCACCUUGUCAAGUCUUUCUCCCUCCUCCUGCUGGGCAUGUUCCUCUCCUCGCUCGCCACCCUCAACUUCUCUCUCGCGCUCAUCAUCGGCGUGCUGGCAUCCCCGCUGUCCUUUGCCCGCCCCGCCGCGUCGCGCGUCACGAGGCUAGUGACCACGGCGCUGCUCAGCGCCAUCAGCCCGCCGGCGGUGUUGCUUGCGGGGGCGGCGUACUGGGGCGCAGACGUCAGCGGUGUGUUGCGCGAGGCGGCGGUCGGCUGGCAUGUCUGCGGGACGUAUUCGCCUGUGGUGGUGUGGUGCGUUUGGUGGCCUGCCUGGUUGGCCGGGAGUGUGGCGGUGCUUGGGAGGACGGGGGAGGGUGGGGCUGGGGGGAAGGAGAAGACUGCGUGA